UUAUAGUGGCGCCAGAGAUUUGAACGGCGCUGCUGAGGUUGGAGUGUCGAUCGUCUGCGUGGUCGCCUGGAUUACAGAUCGCGAUGACCGUCCCUUCCCUGGAGGAGCUGGACUCCUUCAAGUACAGUGACCUGCAGAACUUGGCCAAGAGUCUGGGCCUCCGGGCUAACCUGAGGGCAAGCAAGUUGUUAAAAGCCUUAAAAGCCUACCUUAUACAUGAAGCAAGAAAAGAAAAUGAGAAUCAAGUUAAAAGUCAAACUUCUGCAUCCUCUUGUGAUGACCCCAAGGUACAGAUUAGCUGCCAGGAACAAGCUCAGAGGGAGCCAGUUGACCAUGUCACCAAAACAAGGAGAAGGCGUGGGAUAGUCCAUAGGAAGCCUGACUCCCAGGAUCAUUCAGAGAUAAAAGUAAGUGAUCCCACUGAAUUCCGGAAUCAAGAAAAGCAGGAAAACCAGGCUCCUAGAACUGCUGCAGAAGUUCUUUGUCCACCAGACAAGAGCCAAGGAGAUAAGAAUGCAGUGUCCUCAGGAAAAAGUGGAAUAAAUGGUAAUGAAGAUUCAAAGGUACCUCCAGAAAGACAGAAGUCUCUUUACAAAGAUGGAUUUUCCAAACCUGGAAAAAAUAAAAGAAUUGCAAGCACUACUCCAAACUUUAAGAAGCUUCAUGAGGCUCGUUUUAAGGAAAUGGAGUCCAUUGAUCAAUAUAUUGAGAGAAAAAAGAAACAUUUUGAAGAACACAAUUCAUUUAAUGAACUGAAGAAGCAGCUCGUCAGUAAGGGAGUGGUGGCAACUCCAGUUCCUGUCCAAGGAAGACUCUCUGUGGCUUGUACUCCCGCCAGCCAGCGGCGCUCACAAGGCCGGCCCCACGGUGCUGCAGGCCGGAGCACUCUGUGUGUGAAGGGGUCGGUCAAGCGCACUGCUCUCUCAGCAACUAAAAUGAAUGUCAGGUUUUCAGCCACUACUAAAGAUAAUGAGCAUAAACGUUCACUGACCAAGACUCCAGCCAGAAAGUCUCCACUUGUGACCAUACCUGGGAGUACCCCGAAAGGCCAGGCUGUGCUCAGGAUGCACCAGUUAAAGACCACAAGGGGGGAUUCUGCUGCUGUUAUUACCCCAUUCAAGUUGAUAGCUGAGGCAGUGCAGACUCCCGUCUCCCAGAAGAAACCAGUGUUUGAUCUCAAAGCAAGUUUGUCUCGUCCCCUCAACUAUGAGCCACACAAAGGAAAACUGAAACCAUGGGGACAAUCGAAAGAAAAUAAUUCUCUGAAUGAGCAUGUAAACAGAGUUAGCUUCCACAAGAAAACCUACAAACAACCUCGUCUCCAGACCAGGGAGGAGCAACGGAAGAAACAUGAGCAAGAACGAAAGGAGAAGAAAGCAAAGGUUUUGAGAGCUCGAAGGGGCCUCGUGGCUGAAAAUUAAUAAUUUUUUAACAUUCUGUAAAUAUUCCUUUAUUCUGAAUCUUUUUCUUGUAAAUUUUUUCUACUGUCCUCCCCACUUUAGUCAAAAAACUUUCUGUUAACUUCGUUCAUUGUAUAUGUAGUGUCAGUGGGUUCUUCAUGUGCUACAUCUCUGAGAAGACACUAUUACCUUAAAGCUCACAAAUUCUUUGAACUGGUUUUUAUCUAAGUCCCUGUACAACUCAGUUUUCUAAUGAAACCCAGCCUAUAGAUUCUUGAUGUAGAUUUUUAAUGUUAAGUUCUCUCUGCUGGCUUUAAUAUUAACAGAACUGUAAUCCUCUUCUAGGCAAAAGCAUUUACCUGAUGAUAGCUAGUUAUACCACAAGCUUUAGUAGAAAUUUAACAAUAACAAAUUAUAGAUAGGGUAAGCUGGGAAAGGCCAACUCUUCAUCCUCUAGAGAAUCUAGUAGUCUUAAUGAAACUGUGGGCCAUAUGGGUUGGUUAUGGCAUCAAUAUUUUACCUAUGUGAAGCGUUUUGUAUAAGCUUAUUUGUACCUUUGUUCAGAUCACUUCAUGUAAUUGCCAUCUGUCACUCAAUAUAUUCUUAAAAACAAA